AUGCAAAAUCUCGACCCGAUAUUCAUGACAGAUUUUCGAUGUCAGUUUCGAGUGGGUAACAUCGAACAUGAGAAAUCGGCCGUGAAGACAUUUGAUGACAAUAUCAUAUGCGACGAAAUGCAGUUCGAUCACUACGGUAUUGGCCUUUCGGGUGGAACUUCACCAGUUGAGUUCAAUGUUGUGUGGUCGUCAGGUGUACAAAUGCGAAGCACUGGCGUCAAAUUGUGGAGCCUGUUUGACGUUGGACACGACGAAAUACGAAUGCGGCUGGUGUGUGGCGGAUUCUCGAUCGUUCGACCGUUGGCAUGCGAGGCAAGAUCACCAGAGGAUUGGCUGAACAGUACUCAAUUGUGCGCGAAUCCCACCAUCGACGAGUUCAGCCCUAGAAAGGGUCCAGUUGGAGGAAAAACCAAGCUGCGAAUCACUGGAACAAACCUUGGUCGCCGAUAUCAGGACGUGUCAGGUGCAGUGAUCGUGGCCAAUGUGCAGUGCUCGGUGAUACCGUCAGAAUACCAUCCAGCGACGGAAAUUGUCUGUGAAACUGGCAAAGCAGCUAUUAAGAACAGCAAAGGUCCAAUUGUGGUAAGACUUCGGGCUGAUGAUGCUAAUUAUGCGGCAGUUUCGAAAUAUGACUAUGAGUACGUGGAACCGGCAGUAUCGGCCGUGAAACCGGACAGAGGGCCAGUGUCUGGUGGAACAGAUGUGACCCUUUAUGGUACCGAUCUGGAUGCUGGAAGCGAAGUUCACGUAUCAUUUGGUGAAGUGAAUUGCGAGGUUCUAUCCCGUAGGGAAAAUCAGCUGAUAUGUCGUAUGGACGCUAGCGAUUCGCAGGGUGGCAGACAGCUUCGUAUCGACUUUGAUGGAUCUCGUGGACGAGUACCCUAUCCAGUAACGUACAACUUCGCGCUGAAUCCUCGCGUCUCAACCGUCCUACCGGCUAAGAGCAUCGCAGCCGGUGGAGUGCAGAUAGAUGUGAAGGGUGAAGGGUUUGCGUUAUUGCAAAGGCCAAGGAUGGUUCUUGUCAAUGAUCGGAGCGUCUAUCAAGCAGGACCGAUUUGUGAAGUGGAGGACGAUAGUUUGAUGGUAUGCGUGACACCAGGAUUACCAUCCGGCGACACUGGAGGACGACUGCAUCACAACUUUUGCCUUUGA